AUGAAGAACUCGAAGAUUAUACCUUACAUACAGUACGUACAGAAGUUGUGCAAAAUAUUUUGUAACAUCGAGUUCAAACAUACUACCAGAAUAGAGAAUGAGUUGGCAGAUGCUCUUUCCACCAUCGCUUCAAUGAUUAAACAUCAAGAUACUUAUUAUAUUGAUCCAAUGGAUAUAGAGCUGAAAGAACAUCCAGUUCAUUGUUCCCAUGUGGAAGCAGAACUAGACGGUUUGGCAUGGUAUUUCGAUAUAAAGAAGUAUUUAGAAACCGGAAAUUAUCCUAUAGACGCAACAUCUAACAAGAAAAAGUUGAUACGUCGUAUGACUCUCACUUUCUUUCUAAGUGGAGAAAUCAUGUAUAGAAGGACUCGGGAUUUGGGUCUUCUAAGAUGUGUCGAUGCUAUUGAAGCUGCAAAGCUUAUUGAACAUAUACAUGCCAAAGUUUGCGGCACGCAUAUGAAUGGACUCACUUUGUACAAGGGAAAGUUUGCACCAAAUUGGCAAAGACCCUACAUGGUCUGCAAUGUAUUUUCUGGAGGUGCUUUGGUCCUGUCAGAGAUGGAUGGCAUCGCAUGGCCAAAACCUAUCAAUUCAGAUGCUGUCAAGAUAUACUACGUGUGA